AUGGGUGGAACGAACAGGGCAUGAAAAGGCUAACAUGUCUAACGGAUCUUAGAAUUGUGGUUCCUUAUUUGGAUCUCCAGGAAUGUAGGCACUGGCAGUUCUGCAGCGCUUCCAACCUUCUGCCUCAGAGACUGGAUCUGUUACUCACAAAGCAGUUUCCUGCUGCUUUGGGGGUAGGGAGGAUAGAACAUGGCCUGCAUUUUGAAGCGCAAGGCCAUUAUUGUGAUAGGUUUUGUGGCAGCAUUUUUGCUCCUCAUCAUUGCCCGCCUUACGAAUGAAGUCAGCUUUCCUCUGAUACUCAACUGCUUUGGACAAACCAAUGUCAAAUGGAUGCCAUUUUCUUACACCCAGAGGCGACCUCAAAGGACACACUAUGGAUAUAUUAACGUGAGAACCCAAGAGCCUUUACAACUGGACUGUGACCUCUGCGCCAUUAUCUCAAAUUCAGGUCAGAUGACAGAUCAGAAAGUAGGAUUUGAAAUUGACCAGUCCUCCUGUAUAUGGAGGAUGAACAACGCUCCCACCAAGGGCUAUGAAGAUGAUGUGGGGAAGAGGACAACAGUGAGAGUGGUCUCCCAUACUAGUGUCCCUCUACUGCUUAAGAAUCCAGAAUAUUUUUUCAAGGAAACCAACAGCACAGUCUAUGUCAUCUGGGGACCAUUCCGAAACAUGAGGAAAGAUGGCAAUGGCAUUGUGUACAACAUGCUGAAGAAGACUGUGGAUAGCUACCCUGGGGCCAAAAUCUAUGUGACCACAGAAAAGCGGAUGAGUUACUGCGAUGAAGUCUUUAAAAGGGAAACAGGGAAAGAUAGAAUUCAGUCAGGAUCCUAUCUCAGCACUGGUUGGUUUACCUUAAUUCUGGCUAUGGAUGCUUGCUACAGAAUACAUGUCUAUGGGAUGAUAAAUGACACCUACUGCAAGUCAGAAGGCUUUAGAAAGGUUCCUUAUCACUACUAUGAACCUGGAAGGGAUGAGUGUGAUGAGUACUUCCUGCAUGAAAAUGCACCCUAUGGAGGCCACAGGUUUAUCACAGAAAAGAAAGUAUUUGCUGAGUGGGCUAAGGAGCACACAAUACUAUUUACACACCCUAACUGGACAUUGUCUUGAUGCUGGUUCUCACAGCCUUCCUCUAGUAGCAGAAUGUUCAGUUUGCCUUGGUUUUCAGUGACAUUUGCAACUGACUUGAUCUUCUCAAAUUAGGUAGUGGCACAGAAGAUAAGAAAGAUGGUUUCACCAUGGAAU